UUUUUUUUUUAUAAAGAGUAUUGAGCCACUAAUGAGAAAAGUGUUGGUUGUGUAACUUUCUUGUUUGAGGUAUCUUGUUAAAUGUCCUAACACUACAAACAAUAUAGACGGCAUGCUAAGACAAAAUCUAACACAGCUAAGAAAAGAGACUUUAUACUUGUUACUAAAAAUCUCCUUAAUUCCUUUCAAAUUCUUCUGAUGCGGUCAUGUUUUCUGGAGAAACUGCCCAUGGAAAGUAAGUGAACUGUGAACUUGGCUCAUUUACUGAUCAAUGAUCAAUAGCUUUCUUAUUUAUUUUUUACAGUACUUGGGUGGACUUAUAGCAUAAACUGUAACUAAGAGCUGACUUGGAACUUACUUUUUGUGCUAACUGUGUUAUAUUCUAAAGUGUGUUAUCUUUGUGUAAAAGGAAAUACUAAUGGAGGCAAGAGCGGAAUUGAAGCAUUAUGUUUUAGCGCCUUCUACACUGUUUGUUAAAUAGUUUUAGGCUUCUGAAUCUUAGGAAGAAAUUUAUAGUAGUUUAUUUGGUUAUUUUGGGUAUUUAAAGUAUUUAGUUUAUUUUUGGUAUUUGACUUUAUUGUUACAGUAGGUGCUGUUUGUCAUUAGAUAUUUUGGAUUAUUGAGAGUCAAAUCAGAUUGAGCAUUGUUCUAGUAUUUGUUGUGAUUCUUCAUCAAUCUGGUAUCAAAGCAAACAGUCAUAUACCAUGAAGGUUCUCUUAUUGGCUUCCUCUCUUAACAAAAAUCAUAAACCAAUGGUAAAUUGUUGUGCUCAAACAAGAGUAAAUCAUAAACAAAAAUCAUAAAAAAAUAAUGAAAGGUUUAAAAAUCGAUUCAACCGAUCGGACCGACCGAACCAAACCAAACCAAAUCGGUUCGAUUCGAUUCGGUUAUUCCUCUUAUUCGAUUCGACUCGUUUUGUGUAAAAUUCUACAAUUCGGUUUUCGGUUAUUUCGAUUCAGUUCGGUUUUAAAACGAAUCGACCAAAUGCUCAAUAUUAAUUUUUAUUAUUAUUAUAUCACUUUUGUAAAGCACGACAUUUUUUUUUUACUUUUUUUAAUAUUUUAAUGCAUUUACUUUAUCGCACUUAUUUCUAAAUUCACUCUCAUUUGAAAAAUAAAAUUUUCCAUAUUAAGGUUUAGUAAUUAUUAUUAUUUUUUUUACCUUGCAUGCCAAAAAGCACGAGAAAAGGGGACCCAUUUUAAGCCCUAACAAGAAAAGACUUGUCUGGCGCAAGUCGCUUUUGGUUCAACUCAAGCUCCCAACAGCUUCUUGCUUUAGCACUCCAUCUUGAAAUUCUUCUUCUUCGGAGCUCUCUCUGUACCUUCUUAUUAGCGCAGCUAGCAUUUUAAAGAAACUACAAUGGGCUAUGCACAACUUGUAAUUGGCCCUGCAGGCAGUGGGAAGUCCACAUAUUGCUCUAGUUUGUACCAACACUGUGAAACAGUUGGGCGGUCAAUAAACAUUGUGAACCUCGAUCCAGCGGCAGAAAAUUUUGACUAUCCUGUGGCUAUGGAUAUCAAGGAACUCAUUUCCUUGGAUGAUGUUAUGGAGGAACUGGGUCUCGGUCCCAAUGGAGCUCUGAUUUAUUGCAUGGAAGAGCUUGAAUACAAUCUGGAUGGCUGGUUUGCAGAAGAGCUGGAAAAUUACAGGGAUGAUGACUAUCUAGUUUUUGACUGCCCAGGCCAGAUAGAACUUUUUUCACAUGUGCCGGUGCUUCGGAACUUUGUGGAGCAUUUGAAGAGUAAAAAUUUCAAUGUCUGUGCUGUUUGCUUGAUUGAUUCACAGUUCAUCACGGAUGUGACCAAGUUUAUCAGUGGAUGCAUGGCAUCCCUUUCUGCAAUGGUACAACUUGAAUUGCCUCAUGUUAAUAUCCUCUCCAAAAUGGACCUCGUAACCAACAAAAAGGAUAUUGAAGAUUACUUGAAUCCGGAGCCUCGUGCCUUGUUGUCGGAACUGAAUCAACGCAUGGCCCCACAGUUUUUAAAGCUAAAUAAAGCUUUGAUUGAACUGGUGGAUGAGUAUAGCAUGGUGAAUUUUGUUCCGCUUGACCUAAGGAAGGAGAGCAGCAUACAGUAUGUUUUGGGGCAAAUAGACAACUGCAUUCAAUAUGGAGAAGAUGCGGAUGUAAAGGUUAGAGAUUUUGAUCCACCGGAUGAAGACUAGACCUGCUAUGUCAACGCAUAAUGUUACCAAGGAUACUGGCGUGGUUGCAACCAUUCCAUUAAAUGAACACUCCUUUUGACUUUGUAAUCACAUUAAAGAAAGUUAUGUUGAGUAGUGCUGGUCAUAAUUUGGCGAUCGAUGUGCACAGUUUCGAGGCUCCUCUUCCUGAAUUGUCUCAGAUUUUAUUUGCUCAUAUCUGUGGGGUUGCCUUUUGCUUUUUCCCCUCUCCAAAAAAAAAAAAAAAAUGGUGAUGAGCAGAAAUCUCUUUUAACUGAAAAAAAAAUAAAGAAUAGGAUCAAUUUAAUUCGGUUUUGAUA